UCGAACGCACCAUGUCAUCACUUGCAGUCAAACGCUACUGUGUUUCGCUCUCUUUGUCUUUGCCGUUUCUUGCGUGACCAACAAUCUUCCUCAAAUUAAUUUUUUCCCUUUUGUUUCCUAAAAUUUCUUUCAUUUUCCUAAUCUCAUUCUCUUUUGAAAAUCCACAAAAUCAAAUCGAAUCAUGUAGUUUCGUUUUUUCUUGAUUGAAUUGGGUGCUUCUGUUUUUAAUUUUUUCGUUUUCUUUUCCCCUUGUUUAGAUUAGGGAUUGUUAUUUCACUUGGCUGCUUUCAAGGGAAAAAAAAAACCAAAAAAGGGGAAAGAAAACUCGGCCAGUAGUGAGUGACCGAUGACGGUGACAGCUGAUUCCAGUUUGGCUCCUGACGGCGGAGAGGAUAAGGUGUGGCCACCAGGGUUUAGAUUCCACCCUACUGAUGAGGAGCUGGUUCUAUAUUACUUGAAGAGGAAAAUCUGUAAGAGACGGCUACGGCUGGAUAUAAUCAGUGUGGUUGAUGUCUACAAGUGGGAUCCAGAGGAAUUACCUGGCCAAUCCUUAUUGAAGACUGGUGAUAGGCAAUGGUUCUUCUUCAGUCCAAGGGAUAGGAAGUAUCCUAAUGGAGCCAGGUCAAAUAGGGCGACUAUACAAGGGUAUUGGAAAGCAACAGGUAAGGACCGUAACAUCACGUAUAAUUCUCGGAAUGUUGGAGUGAAGAAGACCCUAGUUUUUUAUAGAGGCCGGGCUCCUAAUGGUGAGAGAACUGACUGGGUGAUGCAUGAAUACACUUUGGAUGAAGAGGAACUCAAAAGCUGCUUGAAUGUGCAGGAUUAUUAUGCACUUUACAAGGUUUACAAAAAAAGUGGACCUGGUCCUAAGAAUGGUGAGCAGUAUGGAGCACCAUUUAAGGAGGAAGACUGGGCUGAUGAUAAAUAUGAAGACGUAAAUAACUGUGACACUCCUGUUAAGCAGCCUGUUACAGUCAUGCCACCUGUUGACACUGUGAAGGCUAUUGCUCAACUGGACCAACCAUUAAAUGCUCUUGAGAACUUCAUUAAUCAAAUUGCUGAAGAAAUUCCAAUUCACCACCCCCAAAUAAAUGAUUAUGAUUAUACUAAUGGAUUGCUCCAGUUUGCUGGUGAAGAUGAGACCCAAAGUACAUUGUUAGAUCCAUCCCCUAGAGAAGUUAUCCUUCCUGAGCCAAUCUCUUUAUCGUCCACAAGCGUCCAGCAGGCCAGCUUGGAUUUCAACCAGUCAGCUACCCCUGCAUUUCAAUCCCUUGAAAUACCUCAAGGCAAAUCUGGUCCUCAUAACACUGACGAGGGACCAAAACUGCAUGAAGGUGAUUUCCUGGAAGUUGAUGAUCUUUCAGAAAUUAAUGAUCUUGUGAACAUUAAUGAUCUUGUUAGUCAAGAACCUACUUUAUUACACACUGAGAAAUCUGGAGAGACCUUAGGGCUCGAUCAUUUUGUCGGACUAAGCGAUUUUGAUGUGUACCAAGAUGCUGCAAUGUUUUUGCGUGAAAUGGUUCCUGUUGGCCAGGACACAGUUUUACAUGCAAACACAGUUGGUUUCCAGUUGCAGUCCCGUUCACUCAUGAAUCAGGUGGACUACCAGUUACAGCCACAUUCAGCAGUGAAUAAUGUGGAUUCCUUGCAGCCACAAGCAUUUGGUGCAGAUCAGUUGUGGGUGGAUGACCAGAGAAGCAAUAUCCAUACUCCUACAGAACCAAUUCAUGGGACUCUUUCCCAACCAACUCCAGGUGUGGCAUAUGAAUCUACUAAUAAUACUGGUGGAGAUAAUGGAAAUCAAAGUGGUGAUGCUACUGGCUGGUUUUCCUCUUCUCUAUGGAACUUUGUGGACUCAAUACCUACUUCUCCUGCAUCAGCCUGUGAGACACCUUUGGUGAACAAGGCAUUUGACCAAAUGUCUAGCUUUAGCAGGAUGAAACUGAAUGUCAAAAACAACAAUACCAAUACUGAAAAUCUUGUUGGUCGUAAUCGUGCCGCAAAUUCUACGAGAGCUGGUGAAAGUAGUAGGGGUUUUCUUUUAUUAGCUAUAUUUGGAGCAUUAUGUGCCAUCUUGUGGAUUUUAGCAAGAACUAGUUUGUUGAAAGGAGCAAUCUUCUCCUGAUAUUAUGUUAUUUUGGAUGUCUUUAUUUUUCUGGGGCACUUCUGUAGGGAAAUUAAAAAUAGAAGCAAAAUGCAUUGUUUAGCUUCAAAUUUUCAAACCAAAAAUUUUGAAAAAAUAAAUAAAUUGACAUUAGCUUGGGUUAGGGUAGGGGGGCUGAUGAAGUGCUUCAGAUAAGCAAUGGUAGCCUGCAAAUUUCUUUCAUAUAUAAAAUAUAUCUAUUCUGCAAUUCAAUUA